AUGGUCUCGACAAAGAACAUCGUGAUUUUGGGAGGCUCCUACGGCGGUGUUUCUUCCGCUCACUACAUCUUGAAACAUGUGUUGCCUGCUCUUCCUACUACAACUCCAUUCCGGGUCAUUCUCAUCAGCACCUCUUCAGAGGUUCUUUGUCGCCCGGCCUGUCCUCGUGCCAUGAUAUCAGACGAGCUGCUUCCUCAAACAAAGCUGUUUGUGUCUAUUCCUGAUGCUUUUGCACAGUAUCCGGCAGAAUAUUUUUCCUUUGAGCACGGAACAGCAGUCAGGCUAGAUCAUACCGACCGGACCAUUUCCGUAAAGUCUUCUGAUGGCCGCACAGAGAAAAGGAUAGAUUUUUUUGCGCUCGUGAUUGCCACUGGUGCAUCAACGCCGUCACCUCUUUUUGGUCUCAGCCAUGACUCAGAAUUCCUCCGAAAAAAAUGGGCUGCGUUUCGUGAAGGAUUAGUGACAGCUAAGAGUAUUGUCAUUGCGGGUGGAGGUCCCGCCGGAGUCGAGACUGCCGGCGAACUAGGUGAGUACUUGAACGGUCAGGCAGGCUGGUUCAGCUACAAAAUGGAGAAUCCCAGAGUACACAUCACUCUUGUCACCUCGAGUUCGCAGAUUCUCCCUAUACUCCGGCCUAGCAUCGCUCAGAAGGCAGAAAGCUACCUUGCUUGCAUUGGUGUGACUGUCAUCAAAAACACCAAGGUCACUGAUGUGACUCCAGGGAACGCUGGGACGGCAAAUGCUCUGACGACAAACACAAUGGUGAUCCUUGCGGAUGGGAAAUCCAUUCAGGCUGAUGUUUACAUUCCUACGACGGGAACAACGCCAAACACAACAUUUAUCGAUGAGUCGCUGCUAGAUCCGGAAGGUCGCGUGCAUACCAACGCCUCAACUUUGCGAGUCGAGAAAGCUGGCCCACGCGUCUACGCAAUUGGCGAUGCAUCCUCGUAUGCACGACCCGCUAUACAUAAUAUCAUGAGCGCUAUACCAGUACUCUGUGCAAACAUCAAGCGGGAUAUACUGCUUGAUGUCAAAGUGGCGGAAACUUCCGUGGCAGUGGAUCGAAUUUUCCAGGAAGACAUGCGAGAGACGCAGUUGGUGCCAAUUGGCACGAGCAAAGGUGUGGGAGCGGCUAUGGGUUAUCAACUACCUAGCUUCCUAGUGUGGCUGAUCAAAGGUCGGGAUUAUUGGUUGUGGACGACAGGAAAGUUAUGGAAUGGAGACCAGUGGGCAAAAGAGGCUUGA